GGAAACGCGUCCUCGCCAAAAAUUUUGAGCUUUGUCUUCGUGUUAAGAACGACUACUACCACUAUGACUGCCGUCGCUGUUUGGAGCAUUGUGUUGACGCCAGGUCAGCCGGAGACAAUCGUCCCUCAGGCAGACUUGCAGAUCAAGAACGCCGCUCUCGGAGAGAAAAUAUCUGAUGAGUCUGGCAGAACGACCGUCAGGUUAAGCUACAUAAAUCCUGCGAAAAUUGAUGAUGAAGAGGAUGAAAUCGACCAAAAGUCUCCAGAAGAUGAGAUGACCACUGUUCUCUGUUCGCUAACUGCUGGCAAGAUUGAGCAGGCAGCAUGUGACCUCAUCCUUGAGAGUGACGAGGAGUAUACCUUUGAGCUCAUCGGAAAAAACACUGUCUACCUCUACGGAAACUACAUUGACCAGAAUGCUAAUCAACCACCUUACGAUUCUGACAUGGAGUCUGACAUGAGUGACGAGGAGGCCUACAAUCUGGGUGAUGUUAGCUCGGACGUUGAAGUACAUCCUGACGAGCUCCAGGGCCUCGAGGAUGACCUUGAGCGCUUCGAGGAAUUGUCCGACCAUGCUGAGGAUGAACCAAAGGCAGCAGAGCCCAAACCAUCAAAACGUCCUCGUGAUGACGCCAUGGACACCGACGAGCAACCUGUCGAGAAGCUCUCCAAAAAGAAGAAAGCGAAGAAACAGAAGGGUGAAGACGGCAAGGCAAUUCCCGUCACCGCUGAGGAAAAAGCAGCCGAGCCCAAGGGCGAGAAGGAAGAAGAAAAGAAAGCCGACAAGAAGGAUAAGAAAAAACAAAAGGCUACUGAGGAGAAGAAGGGUGGCGCAUCCAAAGAGCUCGCUGGUGGGGUCAAGAUCCGAGACGUGAAAACCGGUGAUGGCAAGACCGCCAAGAAUGGCGCCAAGGUUUCCAUGCGUUACAUCGGAAAAUUGCAGAACGGAAGUAUCUUUGACCAGAACACUAAGGGUAAACCUUUCAAUUUCAAGCUUGGAGCGGGUGAUGUGAUUAAAGGGUGGGACGUUGGAGUUGCCGGUAUGCAAAUUGGUGGGGAACGUGAGAUUAUUGUUCCACCAGCAAUGGGGUAUGGCGCGCGGAAGACGUCUGGCAUCCCUGCCAACUCCACUCUGAUCUUUGAGGUGAAGUGUCUGGAGAUCAAGUAAAAUGGGGUCGCAGACCCGGACAUUCUAGUAUAUGAUAGCAUGUUAUGAUUAGUAUCUGCUGGUAUAUCUGUUGACCUCGGUUGUGACUUGAACUGUCUUGCGAUCCGCUGAUCCGAACAUGAACUCAUCAUUUUCAAAGCAGCACGGAU